ACCUGGGACACUCGAGGAGGCACACGAGGUGUAAAGUGGACGGGUGCCUCGCACCACCGCCUCUCCUGAGGGCGCGUACUGACCAGGAUGUCAGACAAGCUCAAGGAACGCAAAAGAACCCCCGUUUCCCACAAAGUGAUAGAAAAGCGAAGGAGGGACCGGAUUAACCGCUGCUUGAACGAGCUGGGCAAGACGGUGCCCAUGGCCCUGGCGAAGCAGAGUUCCGGGAAGCUGGAGAAGGCGGAGAUCCUCGAGAUGACCGUCCAGUACCUGAGAGCCCUGCACUCCGCUGAUUUUCCCCGGGGAAGGGAAAAAGCAGACCUGCUAGCAGAGUUUGCCAACUACUUCCACUACGGCUACCACGAGUGCAUGAAGAACCUGGUGCAUUACCUCACCACCGUGGAGCGGAUGGAGACCAAGGACACCAAGUACGCACGCAUCCUCGCCUUCUUGCAGUCCAAGGCCCGCUUGGGCGCCGAGCCCGCCUUCCAGCCGCUGGGUUCUCUCCCGGAGCCAGAUUUCUCCUAUCAGCUGCACCCGGCGGGGCCCGAGUUUGCGGGCCACAGCCCCGGUGAGGCCGCCGUAUUCCCGCAGGGCGCGGCUCCCGGGCCCUUCUCCUGGCCGCACGGCGCGGCCCGCAGCCCAGCGCUGCCCUACCUGCCUAGCGCGCCCCUGCCGCUCCCGAGCCCGGCGCAGCAGCACAGCCCCUUCCUGGCGCCGGUGCAGAGCCUGGACCGGCACUACCUCAACCUGAUCGGCCACGCCCACCCCAACGCCCUCAACCUGCACACGCCCCAGCACCCCCAGCUGCUCUGACGCCGACUCGCCUGCCAGAUUUCUCUGCGCU